AUGGUGAAGCUGUCUUCUCUGAUUGACAACCAGUCCCGCCCCCUGCAGGACACCAUCACAGCUUCCUCAGCGACACAGGUGUCACAGGUCGCUCCUUCCUUCAGCAGUAAGAUUACACAACCAGCUCUGCUCCCAUGCUGUUCUGAGUCUGCUGCAGGAGACAUGUGGCACCGUCUGUCUCUGCUGCUCCUGUGCUGUGCCCUGACCGGACUCGAUGCUCUGGAGGCGGACAGGAUUGACAAGAUGCCGCCGACCGACGAUCCGGUGGCGGGUCAAAAAGCGGUGCAGGACGCUGCUCCCUCCGCGGCGGCCAACGCGGAGCCGGGCCCCCGAGAGGAGCAGCAGCGGCCCGCGGGGAGAGACGCUCCUGCUGCGGGUGCAGAGGGGAGGGUGGAGCGGCCCACCGCCGAGCCUCUGGAGGAUGAGCUGGACAACCAGGAGAACAUCAUCAGCCAGCUGCUGGGUGAUUACGACAAAGUAAAGACUGUGUCAUCAGGCUCCGAUUGUGUGUGCCGCUGCAUUGUUCGACCAAUCAAGCGCUCUGACUGCAGCCGUAUCCUUGACAGUGACCCAACAUCGCUGUCCCAGGAUUUUUACACUGUGGAGACGGUUACCAAGGGAACAGACUGCAAGAAGUGUGUGUGCAUGGUGCCGCCUUCAGCUGUCAACCCGUGUGAGGGAGAGUACAGGUUUAAAAAACUGCAGGAGGCCAGCAAGGAUGACAUAAAGCUGGCAACUAUUAUGGACUUGUUGGAGGGCUCUAUGUAUGGAAUGGACUUGUUAAAGCUCAACUCUGUCACCACCAAACUGCUGACCAAGAUGGACAACAUGGAAAAAGCCUUUGCACGUAACUUUACAGAGAGAGCGAGAGAGAAAGAGCGUGCAAUGGACAGGGCAAAAGAGAAGGAGAAGGAGAAGAAGGCUCAGCAGAAGAAAAAGAAAGUGACUGAUCUGAGUCACGCAGGACAGAAGAAUCGAGCCCCUGCCUCCCCUUGCAAACAGAAGAAUAAUGAUGAACCGCUGAAGAAAAACCGACAGCAAGAUGUUCUGGAUCAACAAGAGCCAACCAGCAACAAGACAGCAAGUCAAAAGCCAGUCAAAGAGAAGAACAGCAAGGUCGUUAAGGCCAUGACCUUCUAUAAGGCAGAAGAAGAGAGCUAUAAGACGACUGCACAUACUUCAUGGGACCUACUGAUUUCUGACCAGCUCCCACCCGACAGGACUCUCCCCAUCCAGGAUCCAGGACCUGCGCCCACUGUGAGCACAGGACCAGACGGUGAGGAGGCAUCAAGGAGAGUAAGCAGUCCAGCACCAACCCAGCCGCCAACCGAUCCUCCCACCACCCCCCAACAAACCACCACUACAGCCAAACCAGCCCCCACCACCAUACAAGCAACGAUUGCAGUAACCACUUCCACGGCUCCCAACCCAACAACAACAACAACCAAACUGACAACAACUUCCCAACAAACUACGACUACAACUACUACACAGGCUACUACACCUCUCACCCAGCACAGGAACUCGGCUUCAAGUUCUAAUGUAAGUCCACCUGUUGAUGCGUCUCCCACGGCAGGGUCUGAGCAGGAACCCAAAAGACGUCUUAGCUGGACGGAGAGCCCUAAGGACCAGCCGAAGACCACCAAGAAGCCUGGGAUGUGUAAGGACACAGUAGCCAGCCUCUCUGAUCCGGUCCAGCACAACUCCUACGGCCUAAGUGACGGAGCCUGGAUGAGAGAUGCACGCGGCCAUGGCAACGUCAUCUACCUGACCAGCGGGCUCUAUGGCAACAACCUGCAAGAGUUCAGAGACAUGGACACCUUCAAAUCAGGUCAGGCGAGUAACUCAUACAAGCUGCCCUAUAGUUUCACCGGCACGGGCCACGUCGUGUUUAAUGGGGCUUUCUACUACAACCGUGCGUUCAGCAGGGAUGUCAUCAGAUACGACCUGAGGCACCGAUAUGUCGCCGCCUGGAACACGCUGCACGAUGCGAUACUGGAGGAGCAAGCUCACAGAACGCAAACUGAAGUGGAGUUUGCUGUGGAUGAGUCUGGCCUGUGGUUACUCUACCCUGCUCUGGACACAGAGGGCUUUCACCAGGAAGUAAUCCUCCUAACCCAACUCCAUCCCCGCGACCUUCAGCCAAUACGGAGCUUCCGCACAGGUCUUCGGCGUGGUCGCUACGGAAAUAGCUUCCUGGUUUGUGGCGUGCUCUAUGGCGUGAACAGUAUGGAGCACCGCUACGCCAACGUGACUUAUGCCUUCGACACGCACACGCUCACACACACCGUGCCGAGCCUUGCCUUCACGAAUAUGCACGCGCACACCUCACAACUGGCUUAUUGCCCGUUGGACAAGAAACUGUACGCCUGGGAUGAUGGACAUCAGAUGAUGUAUGAUGUCAUCUUUGCUUAUUAG